AUGGAGCCGUACACGGUCCCGGGGGCGCAGCUUUCUCUGUCAGACCUUUACUCCGUCAUCCCCUUCAAUGUCACCUUCCCGGACGAGGAGAGCUUCAUGGGCGGCAGGCUGCACAACUACACGGAGCAGCAGAGUCCAGUGAGGAGCACCGGGGGGAUCAUCAUUGCUAUCUCCAUCACGGCGCUGUACUCCGUGAUCUGCGUGGUGGGACUGCUGGGAAACGUGCUCGUCAUGUACGGGGUGGUCAGAUACACCAAGAUGAAGACCGCCACAAACAUCUACAUCUUCAACCUGGCUCUCGCCGAUGCCUUAGCCACCAGUACGCUGCCAUUCCAGAGUGCCAAAUACCUCAUGAACACCUGGCCGUUUGGAGAGGUCCUGUGCAAGUUAAUAAUAGCCAUCGACUACUACAACAUGUUCACAAGCAUCUUCACUCUGACCAUGAUGAGUGUGGACCGCUACAUUGCCGUGUGCCACCCAGUCAGGGCGCUGGAGUUUCGUACACCGGUCAAGGCCAAGAUGAUCAAUGUGCUUAUUUGGGUCCUGUCCUCUGCUAUCGGGGUGCCUAUUAUGAUCAUGGCUGUGACCAAAGUGGCAGACAACGGUAAAACCAUUUGCAUGCUAAAGUUCCCAGACCCUGACUGGUACUGGGACACCGUGACAAAGAUCUGUGUCUUCAUCUUUGCCUUCGUGGUCCCUGUGAUGGUCAUUACUAUAUGCUACGGCCUGAUGAUCCUGCGUCUGAGAAGCGUCCGUCUGCUAUCAGGCUCCAAGGAGAAAGACCGCAACAUGCGUCGUAUUACCCGCAUGGUCCUCGUGGUGGUUGCAGCAUUUAUCAUCUGCUGGACCCCCAUCCACAUCUUCAUCAUUGUGAAGACGAUGGUGGAGAUUGACAGCAGGAACCCCUUUGUGAUAGCCAGCUGGCACCUGUGCAUCGCUUUGGGCUACACCAACAGCAGCCUCAACCCUGUACUCUAUGCAUUCUUGGAUGAAAAUUUCAAGAGAUGCUUCAGGGAUUUCUGCCUACCCUGCAGGACCCGCGUGGAGCAGCACACUCUGACCAGAGGCCGCAACACCACCAGGGAACCGGUGUCUGUCUGCGCUCCAUCAGAAGUAGGGAAGAAGCCGGCAUGA